AUGCAGACUGCUUCUACAAACAUUUGUGAAAGAAUGGGUCGCUCUCGGGAGCUCAGUGAAUUCAAGCGUGGUACUGUGAUAGGUUGCCACCUGUGCAAUAAGUCCAUCUGUGAAAUUUCCUUGCUACUAAAUAUUCCACAGUCAACUGUUAGUGGUGUUAUAACAAAGUGGAAGCAAUUGGGAACAGCAGCAACUGAGCUACAAAGUGCAGGGUCAGCACAUGCUGAAGCGCACAAUGCGGAGAAGUUGCCAAUUGUCUGCAGAGUCAAUAGCUAAAGACCUCCAAACUUCAUGUGGCCUUACGAUAAGCACAACAGUGCAUAGAGAGCUUCAUUGAGUUUGUUUCCAUGGC